AUGACUUCCACGAGUCAAAAUUUAACUACUAUAACACUUUCAGAACAAGAAGAGGAAAACUUAUCAUCUACCUUCCUACAAGAACUAAUUGAGAUAGGGAAUAAAUCUAUAGUCAUAUACAGGAAAAUACCGAGACCCUAUAACCCAAUUUAUAACAAACAAGUACUCAACAGAGUAACAAACCCUCCAGAUACUGAAACAGUACAAAAUAUUCGACAUAGAUACAACCAACUGCAACAGAUAAUCAAAACUAUAAAACUAAUUGAAAUACCUUUACUAGAAGAAGAAGGACUAACGCUCCAAAACGCGUACAAAAAUAGUAAAUACUUAAAUAUUCUAAAAUUUCAAAAAGAAUUAUCAGAAUUAGAAAUAAUACAAAAAGGACCUGAUCAAUACCUAUACAAUAGAAGAUACUUAUUAGACAAUAUUGACAAAAAAAUAGAAGCCGAAAUUCUAUACAUUCCAAUUACUGGAAGGGAUACCACCAUUUCACAACCUUUAAAAAUGGAAAAACAUCAGAAUAUAAUCCAACCUGGAAGAACUAUUAAAUUUGCACAAAUAGCAAUAUUUGACUGGAACGCCCAGGGAAUACCAGUAGUAUAUUUAUCCCAAAGAAUAAAUCCUAACAAAGAGUAUUACUCCUGGUAUAACUUACCCGGAGGAAAACAGAAUAAUCCUGACGAAAAGUUUGAAGAAAUAAUAAUACGAGAAACUCUUGAAGAAACUGGAAUAAUACUUUACCAAGAAAAACUACUAGAAGUAGGUUAUAACUGCUAUCCACCUGGACACCCACAAGGAUGGGGUGACAAAGCAACU